GUUUUAUCCGGCAACAUUCGAUUGCAGAGAGAGACUUUGAGCGCUAACCAUCGGGCAUCAGCUAGCUUCUCCCCCAAAUCAGAAAUUCAGACAAAAGAGUUGUGAAUCGCUUUGGCGCUUGAAAUCCAACGUGCGCGGUUAUGUCGACGAUAUACGUGUUAGAGCCACCGACGAGAGGUAAGGUUGUUCUGGAGACAACGCACGGUCCAUUGGAUAUCGAGCUCUGGCCCAAAGAAGCACCUAAGGCCGUCAGGAACUUCGUUCAGCUCUGCCUCGAAGGUUACUACGACAAAACCAUCUUUCACCGCAUUAUCAAGGAUUUUCUCAUUCAGGGCGGCGAUCCCACCGGUACCGGCACAGGCGGUGAAAGUAUUUAUGGAGCUCCUUUUGCUGACGAGUUCCAUUCGCGUCUAAGAUUCAAGCAUAGAGGUAUUGUUGCAUGUGCAAAUGCUGGUUCGCCCAAUUCCAAUGGAAGUCAGUUUUUUAUAGCCUUGGAUCGCUGCGACUGGCUUGACCGCAAGCACACCAUUUUUGGAAAGGUGACUGGGGAUUCAAUUUAUAAUCUUGCGAGGUUGGGCGAUAUUGAAACAGAUAAGGAUGAUCGUCCUUUGGAACAACCACCUAAGAUAUUAUCAGUUGAGGUAUUGUGGAAUCCAUUUGAUGAUAUAGUUCCACGGGCACCUUCAAAGCCUUCUCUUGAAUCAGCAAGUGAGACUGAUAAAGAUACAAAGAAAAAGGCUGUGAAAAAGUUGAACUUGCUUUCAUUUGGAGAAGAAGCUGAAGAAGAAGAGAAAGAAUUGGCAGCUGUGAGGAAAAAAAUCAAGAGCAGUCACGACGUGUUGGAUGAUCCUCGUCUCUUAAAGGAAGCAAUUCCAGAAGUGGAUCCUGAGAAAACAAGGAAUGUGCAGUUAUCUGUCAGAGAAGCUUUAAGCUCAAAGAAAGAAGAAUCUCACAAAGAUGCAGAAGCUGAAUUUUCUAAUUCUUUUAAUUAUAGUGACGAUGAUGAUGAUGAGGCAAACUUUGAUUCACGAAUGCGUCAGCAAAUACUUAAGAAGAGGAAAGAAUUAGGAGUUCUUCCACCUAAGCCAAAGCUGCGGAAUGGGAGUUCUAGCACAAAGGGCUAUGAAAAAUCUCCACCAAGGUCAAAUGCUGAAAGUGUUGCUGAUGAUCAACCUAGGGUAGAAAAGCUUUCCUUGAAGAAAAAGGGGAUAGGCUCAGAGGCAAGAGCAGAACGCAUGGCCAAUGCAAAUGUGGACUUACAGCUGUUGAGUGAAGCUGAAAGAGGAAGGCAGUUGCAAAAACAAAAGAAACGCAGACUUCAAGGACGUGAAGAUGAAGUUCUAGCAAAACUUGAGAAGUUUAAGAGUAUGAUAUCUGAAAGACCUGCGGCCCCAAGUAGUGAAUCUGAAGGUGGUGGUAAUAAUGAGGAUCUGUCCGACUGGAAAGCUGUUCGGCUAAAAUUUACUCCCGAAACUGGCAAGGAUCGCAUGUCUCGCAGCGAUGACCCUAAUGACUAUGUAGUCGUUGACCCUCUUUUGGAGAAGGGAAAAGAGAAGUUUAAUCGGAUGCAAGCCAAGCAAAAGCGACGAGAACGGGAAUGGGCUGGCCGAUCUCUUACUUGAUCUCUAAUGUUCCCUUUUUUUUUUUUGGGUGUCAACUUGUCAUCUUGUUAUCCAAGUUUGCUUGUGAAUAUUGACACUCAAAUCUAACUUACAAGUUGGAUUCAGUGCGGGCUAGAGGGCUAAAGCCACAGACAAAAAGGGCCCAAAAUGAAAAUACCAUAUUGUUUGUCUCUUAAACAUUUUUUAUUUUUCAUAUGAAUUAGUUAUUAUUUU